UGAGAGUCGUGUUGCUGUGGCAACCGGUGUGGUUUUCAUCUUUUCGACUUAUUUUGUAAUUACAACAUUGAAUUAAUUGCAAAUGUCUGCAAGCUAGUACGAUUUACAAGUGUUUGCGGCAGUAGAACCGCUUAUAUUAGUCAUGGGUGCCUUGAAAUGCAGUCCAUGAGAUGCCAAAUGGGUUGUUUAACGGAGAAAUCUUUGUUUCUUUUCGAGAUUCGGUUUAAAAUGGACGACUGUAUUUAUUUUUUCAUCUUCCAAUCAUGUUCUAAAGUCAGUGAUUAUGCCUUGCUUGUUUCAAUGCAAGUAUCAGCACUCUUGGGAACUUUGAUAAUUAGAAGCCCUGUAGGCACGGAAUCCAGCUGCAGCACCAACUCAAGCUCGAUGCAAGAGGAGAUUGCCGUAUCAGGUAUGGUGCGGUACAGGUAGAUUGAAAAUCUCGCUUGCAGCAGCGCCAUGGUUACGUAGAUUCAGAUAACAUAAAAACACGAGUAAAAGACAAAAUGAUGGAAUAACUCAAAGGAUCAGGCAGUAUCUCUGGAGAACAUGGAUUGGUGACAUUUCCGGCCGGUACUCUUUUUCAGGCUGAAGAAGGGUCGGACUCAAAACGUUGUCUAUUCAAGUACUCCAGAGAUGCUGCCUGAUCCACUGAGUGAAUUCUGCUGCUGUUCUUUCCUCCGUCCCUCUACAGAUGGUUUACUAUUUCAAUAUAUUUUAUUACAUUUUUUACUUUAUUGUCACUUUCCUCAUGAUUAUCUACAAAAGUCGGGUUUUUAGUUUCCCUGAUGGUAAUCUGGCUUUUGAUUUGGUUCUUCUGAUUCUCAUGGGAAUUCUAGAAGUAACAAAGUUAUAUCAUGGUUUUAAAGGGAAUCUGACUGAAGAAGCAGUUCCAGUAGUAACUAACAUGGUUCUGACAAUUGGAAGUAUGUUACUUUCCUUGUACUACUUAUUGUGGCAGACAUAUGUACUGAAAGCAGAUGUAAUAAUUAAUGCAAUCCUUCUGGUAAUCUAUGGAUUAGAGGAAGUACUGGACAUAAUUGCGGUUUCAUCUUUUGCCAGGAUCUACAUGUGACGUGACUGGACGGAUGCAGCAUUCAUUUGGUUUGUCGACUAUUUCCAUUUCCUGGAGGACUUUGCAAUUUGUGUCAAACAGAAUCAGAACUUUUUUAUUGAAUAAUUUCUAUGGGGAUAUUCUUAUAUUCUUAUGUUUGUAUCUUCUAAUUAACCUGAUAAUCGCUUCCAAGUGGAUCCACAAACCUCACUCAGGCUGCAGCUUUGCCUCUUUUCAUUCAACAUCAGGAGGUGCCACGGUUUAUCCUGCAGAAACUCACAAAACUGCUCUGCUGAGAGACAAUGUUAUGCAUUCAGUGUCGUUCUGAUUGGAAACCAAGUGGAAAGGAACAUGAACCUGCAUCCUAAACCUUGUGCUCUGUAAUCAAUUGAUUGGGAACAAAAAUUCUUCAAAUGCAACUUUCUUGAUUAGCAAGGGCAUCAAAGGUUACAGGAAGGCAGGAGAAUGGUGUUGAGAGAGAAAAAUUGAUUAGCCAUGAUUGAAGGUGGGGCAGACUUGAUGGGCCAAACAGCCAAAUUCUGCUCCUGUCUUAUGGGGAUAUAUUGUGUGAAUGAAGGAUCUUGAUUGGCAACAAUUCUGUCACAAUAAAAUUAUUUUUAUAUACAUGGU